GUGUGUGCCUGUGUGUGUGAGAGAGAGUGUGCACGGUCACACAUUUGCUCACCAUGCAAUGACAGAUAAGGUAUCACAGAACUAAGAAGUGAAGAAGAUCAGAGAGGCCAUUUUUAUGAAGUGGGACGAGGCUGAAAGAAAUGGAACUGCUGACAGCUGUCGUUCUACUACAAGUUUUGGGCGUCUUUCAAGCUCUUCGAAACACAAGUUAUCCAGUCGAGGUGAACAACACUGACAUGUCGAAGCCAUUGGGGUAUCACAGGAAGCCCCUGCCUGCUGAUGCCGGUGAACCCGGCCAGUUCAAUCUGUCUGGCACCUGUGCCGGGGUGGUGAUGACUCUCACUAACACACACAGAUGGGUGCCGGCUGACCUCAGCCUGGCCAACCGCAGCACUGUAGCCCAGCGCAUAUGCAAACACCUGGGCUGUGGGGACGUUUAUGAGGUCAGGCAAAACGCAACCACAGCGGCACUCAACAGCACCUGUGCCACGGACUGCGUGUUGGAAACACCCGAGCGUCUCAAAUGCAACGAGAGCACCAGUGGCACCUGUUUGUACAUCACUGAGAUACACUGUUCUAUCCGAUUGGCCAACGGCACCGACCGUUGCCAGGGCCGCGUGGAGGUGUUCAGCAACGGAACGUGGGGCACGGUGUGCGACGACGGGUGGAACUUGGCGGCCGGACACGUAGUGUGCGCCCAGCUGGGCUGUGGGUGGGCCCGUGAGGUCACCGGAGAGGGGAGGGGCUUCCCGCCUGGUUCCGGUCCCAUUCACCUGGACGAGCUGAACUGCACGGGGACGGAACAACACCUGUGGCAGUGCAGGACCAACAGGACUGAACAUGCCCACGACUGCGGCCACAAAGAGGAUGCUGGGGUGGUGUGCACAGGAGACCUUCAGCCUCCCUUCUCCCUUCUGCAUACCACGCAGUCUCAACCCAACUGGACCACAGGUGCAGCCACGUCGGCCUCCCUGGAGGCGGCCGCACCCCAACGCGGACUGCAAGCUGCAGUAGCAGGCUGCAUCGUGCUGUCAGUGGCUCUGAUCUUGGUGCUGGCCUCCAAUGUCAUACUCUGUAGGCGGCAAAAGAGCAGAACAGCACGUGUGAUCCAUCAAACAUACGAUGGUUCCACCUCAAACAUUAUAAGGGAACGGAGUGAGCAGGAAGAGCCUGAUGUCAACCUGCUCAGAGUCACCACAGAAGACGCUCCAAGUCAAGUGUACCCUCCAACUCCAAAAUACUCUGUUGCCCGCCGGCCACCAUCAGCAGACGACAGCUCCUCCACCAGCUCCUGUGACUCAGAUGAGAUGAAUUACUACAUAAAGCCUCUUGCUGUGAUGCCAAGCGCUCCCGAGGCUCCACACAGCCCAGGCCCGGUAUCAAAGGAGAUAAUCAAUGAGAAUGAUCAACCAGGAGCCGACUCGGAUUCGGAGAGCGGAGAUGACUAUGAAAACACAGGCAUAGAAAUCCAAAAUCUUUUAGAAUCAGAGAAUACUUGGACUCCCAAUGACUUACAGAACCUCCCAUCUGCCCAUGACCCACACAACUUGCAGAGGGCAGCAAGCACCGAGUCUUUGGAGUCGAGUGGCUCAUCCUCUGAUGAAGACUAUCAAAACGUGGCCUUCCACAGGGAGUCGACUCUUCCAUAUCCAGAAUGCCAGCGAAGCUCUGAACAACUAAUGUCCUUACCUACAAAUGGAAACUAUAGUGGAUCCAAUCACUACAGUAGUCAUAUCCCUGAAAGCCACUGUGAUCAAGAUGACUCGUCUAGCACAUCUUCGGGGUAUUCCUAUGAGAACGUGCCGGCAGUAAGCAAAGCAGACUGUUCCCGCCCAACACACGAAGACCCAGCAGAUCAGUCGUCUUCAGACAGCGACUAUGACCAAGUGGCCAUAACGCCGCCACCUUAACUUAUUAUGCACAUUUGAAGAUUACGGGAGCAGCUGCAACAAAAUGGAAGAAGAGCACAGCCAAGGUUCCAUAGAUAGUGUUAUUUAUUUGGUCUCCGUCAUACGGACACAUCUGUUUUUCUAUUUACCUCUCAUAAACUCUCUCUCCCACACACGCACGCACGCAUGCACACACACACACACACACACACACACACACACA